AAUAAGGUACAGCUGAUGCAGAUUAUUUACCACAAUUUCCAUACCCAACAAUCCGUUAACUGUUCGUCUUAGGAACAGGUUAGGACCUCCAAGAUGUGGGGGAGAAUCUCCUCCAUGGCACAAGCCGUGCAGGAGAAGCUGGAGGAGUCCCUGGGCGAAGAGCCAGCCGAGGACUUGGAGGCAUCAGCAGGAACUCCGCCGGUCCAACAUACUAAGGAUGAAGAUGUUAUCUCAGAGCUUAGGAGAGCGCUGGGUGAAUCGGAGAAGAGGAACGAAGAAAUAAACCGUGAAUUUCAGAAGUUGUUACGGCUGAAGGAGGAGGAACUUGUUCAACUGAGAGAAAGUGUAAGAGCAGGACCAUCAUUAGAUGCUGGUGACCUUUUCUCAGAGAUACAUGAUCCAGAGAAUCCAACCAAAAUGGGCAGCAUCCAACAAAUCAAAGAUUUGCUUUCCAAAAAGGACAACACCAUACAGUCCCUAGAGAAUCAAUUGGAGGAAAGUGAAAACAUGGUCAGACAACUGGAACAGCAGGGACGAGACAAUGAGGAGAAAGUAAUGAGUGAGUUAGCUGUCAAGAUCAGGACAGCUGAAGGUUUCCAACUAAAACUUGAAGAAUGUAAACAACUGCUAGAGGAUCGGAACAAGACAAUUGAAGGUCUCAUGGACCGACUUGAUGCACAGAAGCGGCUCAUAGACGGUAGGGAUCAGGUUAUCGAUCAGUUGAAAGCCAUGAAGAACCUGGACAGUGGUGCCGAUGAGCUUGUUUCCACAUUACGAGAACAGCUGGAAGCAAUGAGCAGUAAACUUGAGCAAUCUGUGGAUGAGACUGAGAAAGCUAAGAAGGAAGUGCGUCUGCUCAAGAAGGAAUUAGAGGAGAAGAGUGUACUGAUUGCUUCGGCAGAAAAGAUAGAGCAAGAGAAGGUAUCGUUGUUGCAACACAUGCAAGAUAUGGAAGAGGAACACAAACAAGCUGUGGUGAAUCUGCAGCACCAUGUACAAGAAAAAGAAAAGGCUCUUGCAGCUGAGUUUGCAGAAGCUGAGCAAGUAUACAAGACAAAUGAACAUGACCUUAAAGAACAACUGGAGGAGAAGACACGAAUCAUAGAGUCUAAGGAUGAAGCUGUUCAAGUUCUCAAAAGGGCCAUGCAAGAAAAAAACUUGAGUAGUGAGGGGCUGAUGCCACCCCCUCAUAGUGACAAAAUAGUGGCUCUACUUGAAGAAAAGGUCAGGGAACGUGAAGAGACCAUUGACAGUAAGUCUGAGAGGAUACGUGAACUGGAAAAUGAUGUAGUGGACAAACAAAAUUGCAUUGAUUCACUUAAGAAGUUAGUUGAUGAUAAAACAACAGAGGUGAAGGUGUUACAAGAAGCUGUUCAUGCUAAGGAUCAAGAGAUUGAAGACAUAAGAGAGAAGCAUGAAACUGAGUUAAGUGAAAAAGAUUUGAGGCUUGCUUCACAGGCAAAAGUAAAUGGUGAUUUGGAGAAAACAGUUGCAUCCUUAAAGGAAAGUUUAGCUGGUCUGGAGUCUAAAGAAAAUGUCACUGAAAGACUGUUGCUUCUUGAUGCUGAGAAGGAACAACAAUUUAGAAAUGAAAUGGAAGCUUUUAAAGAUAAUGAAAAGACUCUUAAUGCACAGCUGCAAGCAGCUCUUGAACAGAACAAAACAAUUUCUGAAGAACUUGCCUCAGCAAAAGCCAAGAUUGAGGCAAAGGAGAAGGAGUUACAUGAUCUAAGUACAAGGAUGGGAAAGUUAAAGCUUCAAGCAAAAGCCAAGCUGACCAGUAUUCAGAAUGAAAAAGAGAAACUUACCAAGGAUAUGCAAGAGGUUGAACUGCAUCUGUUGCAUGAAAGAGAAGAAAAGUUAGCCAUACAAAUGAAGAUAACACAGAUUGAGGAAGAGCGAGAGGCUGCUGAUUCAAAGAGAGUAGAGUUAGAGCAAGCGCUGGAAGAGUUUGUGAGGACAACAGAUAAGAAAGGAAAACUGAGUUUUCCAGAGAAGAAAGCUUCUCCAGAUCAAGAAGAAGAUGAUGUUCCUGAGGAAGAACUGGAGGGUAGUGGUACCAUGUCUACUAUCAUUGGCUCAAACACAGAAGAGUCAGGUUCCAUCAAUGUUAUGAAAAUACUGGAGGAGGAAAGAUACUGUAUGGAAAGAAGACUUGACCUUAUCACCAAGGAACGUGAUUCCUUGCAAAGCAAAGUGGAAGAGCUGGAGGAAUUGCUGGAAGCAGAGAAAGAGCGCCAACAGAAAAAGACAGAGGAAAUCAGCUCAGAUGAGGAUGCCGAACAUGCAAAGCACAUGGCAGAGGAGUCUCUCAUGAUGCACAUUGAAGCUCUUCAGGAAGAAAAUGAAACACUUAGGGCUACCUUGGAACUGGAGCAAUCUGCACUAGCAAACCUGACAGAACAAUUUAAGCAAGCUCCAGUUAAGCAAAAGCUAUUUGACAAAGAUGAACACAUAUCGUACCUGGAGUCUAAAGUGGCUCAGCAACAACAGAAUCUCCAUCUGUUUAAAACAAUGCUCCAACAAAAAGAAGUAUAUCUUAUGGAUGUUAAAGAUGAGAACGAGUUGCAAGGAGAAGUUGAUUCGGUGAAAGAGGUUUUAGCGAAGGAGAAGGAAAAAACAACAGGACUUGCAAGCCAACUUGAACAGAUUCGGGAACAGUGCACUACACAAUCCCAACAGAUGGAUAACCUUAAACUGGAAAUUGAGGAAAAGAAAGGCGCUAUAGAAUCGCUCGAGAUCCAACUUCAAACUAGUCUAGAGGAUCAGAAGAGAGCUUUGGAAGACAAAGAUAAAGACAUUCAAAAUCUUCACUUAGCAUUGAUGGAAAACAGCUCGGGUUUUGAGCUGCUGAAUGCUAGCUUUAGUGAAACAAGCUCCCAGGUACAGCAACUUCAGGAAGAGCUGGUCUUAAAAGAUGCUGAGCUCGUCAGACUGAAGAAGGAAUUAAGUGAUCAAGAGUUAAGUCUGGAUCAGCUCAAAGAAAGUUACACGGAUGUCUGUACAACGCUCAACGAAAUGCAAGGGAAGUUAGCGAACAAGGAGGCGGAGUUAACAAAGCUGCAGGAAAGCAAAGACCGCCAGAUGGCUGAACUGGAGUCAAUGCAGUCCAAGCAAGGCGAGCAGGUUGGAGAAAUCCAAAAUCUUCACGAAACUAUUGCGAAGAAGGAAGAUGAACUUGUUCAGCUCAGAACGACAUUUGAGGAGAAAGACAGCAGUUUUGAAUUUCUGAGUGCCAGUUUUAUGGAAACCAGCUCCCAAAUGAAAGGGCUCGAGGAAAGCCUUCAGGCAAAGGAUACUGAACUAGGUGUUUUACAACAAACAUUAUAGGAGCGCACUCUUGCUUUU